AGGUGUUUCAGUCAGCAGCUGGAAUCAGAACCUUGUCAGUGUUUACAGUGCAUGACCUGGUUGGUAUUGGCUAAUUAAGAGUAAUCCUUAAGGAUGAGAAACGUAAUAAUUUUUACUGGUGUUUCAAGAAGUUCAUAAUAAGUGGACUUGAGGGAACUACUGAAGAUCAUUUGUUUGACAGAAGAAAAUAAGCUUUUACUGUAGAAGAGGCAUCAUGAAUAUGUAACCUUAUUAUCACAGUAUUAUUCUUCAGAGUUUUUUAGUCUAAUGAAGAAAAAUAGAACUCUAAGCAUUUCAGCAUAUGCUUGAGUCACUUGGACUUCAUUGAUUUAAAAUGUGUCUCUUAAAGAUAAAUGACUUUAUUUGUUGAGAAAUACAUUUCCUUCCUAUGGUGUCUGGAAGAUAAUAGCUUUUAUGCACAGUGUAAUAUUUUAAACAUUAGCAAUUCUGAAGGGAGCUCAACCUCCCAGUGAAUCUGCUCAGCCUGUUAGUGAGUACAUUUUCUAUGCUUCUUAACCUGUAUACUCAUGUGCAGGACAUAACGAAAUGGUACCACCUCAUCUUCUUCUAGAACAUAGUCCAAGAAAGAAACCAGCAGCUAUUGAAGAAGAAAAGUCGAUUGUGGUAGCUAGAGAAGUGAAAAAGAGAAAAGAGGAAAAGAAAAAGGCUGAUGUAAAGAGGGUUACGACUGAAACUAAGAAGAAAGAUGAAAAAGAAGCUGCUGUGUCCAAAGAACUCAAAAAGCCAGCAAAAGCUCCUGCAGCCAAACCAGCCACCAAAAAAGCAGCAGCACCAGCAUCUGUGGAAACUCUGAAGUCAAAAGCAGUACCUGAAAAGAAGGAAGAAAAAGCAACAAAGGCAGCAGAGCAAGAUAAACCAAAGACGAAACAAGGAAAUCCUGGAAAAGAGAAAGAAUUGAAAUCUCCAGCUGCUACAAAAGAUAAAGAACAUGCUAAAGAAAAGGAAGGAAAGAAUCCUACAGCUUUAAAAGAUUAAGAUUCUCUGAAGGGAAGAAAUCCCAAGAAUCCCGAGGGGUCAAAGGAAAAAG